GAUUUGUUUGUCUAUCUCAAUCAGUUACAAAAGUCUAUAUAAACCCCGCAUGCAAUAAUGUUACUCAUUGGACAACUUACCGGGAAGCUGGGGGACAAGACUCGCGCCAGCGGAUGCAUGCAUAUAUGCAUGGAAGUUUAUAGAACAAAGCUAUCGCAACAUCAAACGACUAAUAUCUACUAGCACCUCCCCCCUCCCCCCGACGGAGAUACUUGUUCCUGGACGUCAUCAAUGAAUACUGAUCAUAAUGAAGAAAUCAAAAUCAAAAAGCACGCCCGAGUUUGCAUUACAAACUGGAUUGGGUGGAAAUGGCGAUCAAGUGGCUGCAUUGCAAGGUCUAAAUCGACGAGGCAAUACGAAGGAGCAACGGAAAAAGGCUCCAGCAAUUGGUCCAAAAAAUACGAGUCCCUUGAAGAAGGGGGUGGCUAUAGAUGCAUUUCAGAAAAAACUGAGUUCUGUUCUGCCAUCCUCUUCUUCCUCUACUUCUUUUACUCCUAUCAUCACUAAAACAAUUUCCCCCAAAAUUGAAGGCGGGGCAAAAAGUAAAGUAUUUCAGGCCUCGAAAAAUAAGUUAGGAAGAAGUAAAGAAAAUUUACAGCGCCAAUGUAUCGAAAACUCGCCUAACGACAAAGCCAGGAAUUCUAAGGAGAAAAAUGUCGCCUCUCCAGCUAUAUGUGUGGUGGAUUCAAAGUCCUUCCCAGGUAAAGGUAAGGGCAAAGAAAGAGAAAAAAGUCCAGAAGAAAAUGGUAUACAAGAUACUAUCUUUUACCCUCACCAACUCAAUGAAAAUAAACUAUCCAUUUUCCACCUCCCCACCACCACUUCCAAGACUCCAUCCACGUCAAGCCCCCCAAAAACAGCACAACUUCUAUCCAAAUCCGCACCAAAAGGUCAAUCCCAAUCCAAGAAACAUCAUUCCCCAACACUCACGACCUCACUCACGAUCUCACUUCCACUUCCACUUACAUUCCAAUCUCCACUCCUCGUUCCCGUUGCCCCUAAACUCCUCAAACGAUUCUACGAAGCGCUGAUUCUCCUCACCGUCUUUGGCUCUAACCGAGGCUCACGCAUUCUAGAGGAAGAAAUCCCAACCGAUAGUCUCGACGACGAGACUUUGGAAAUUGAUAUUAGCAUCAGUGUUCUAGAUGUGAAUAAAAAGCACGAAAUGGACGAAAUUAGUCGAACGAAGCUAAGGAGAUCAUUUACGAGACAUCUAGCCUAUUUAUGUGAUUAUGAAAAAGGAGGCGAUAGCACGACUGCAAUUGCGUUGCAGCAGAUAGAGGGGGGAAUUGUGUAUCAUGUUGCUUGGAACAAGAUUUCGCGGCCGGAAAAUGGUGUGGAGUUUUUGAGAAAGGUGUUGGGACUUCUGGGGUGUGCUGGAUGUGAUGUGAUCAGGGAUUCUGAGGAAAAAAGAAAGGAGAUCGUGGAUAAAAUAUUUGAUUUGUCGGUAAAGCAUGCUGAGAAGAGAAUUUCUAGCUAUGCAUCAUUUUUAGCUCGAGAUAUCAGGUUUUUGUUGGGGGAAUGGAAGAUGGAUGGAGAGGAUAAUCAAGAUGAAGAUUCCUCGACUCAUCUUCACACAUGGCUUCAAGGACUUCUCACUCUCACCAAGAAUCUAUCUCAACUCUGUCGUUUCUGUCACAAAACAUGUACAACAGUGUCGCAAGAAUUCGCAUACCUCGAACUACUCAUCCAACUCGGCUCUCCAUUUGCCACUCGAUUUGCUCAAAUUCGCCACACUAUUGGCCGUCUAAAUCAUACCUCAAAAGCCAUCCAAAUCCUCCUGCCUACCCGCAUCCUACUACCUCAUCUCUUCACGCAAAUCACCAUUUCCCUCCUCCCCUCCUCUAAAUCCUUCCCCCCUCCCCUUCAAGAACGUAACCCUACCCUCUCCGCUCUCAUCGGACGAACCAUGAGCGACCCAACCGCCAUCUCCUUCUAUCGCGCCGCCCUCACAGAAAUGGACCACAAAUAUCAACUCUCCACGCAUCUCUCCUCCCACUGCACGAACCCCAACUGGCGACCGAAAAUUCACGCUGAGUUACUCCUGCUCCAGCAUUUCUCCUCGCGGAAUUUGCUUUUCGUGGAUGAGGAUCGCUAUAUCGCGUGUAGUAAGCCGGCGUGUUAUUGCUGUUAUCAUUAUAUUCGAGUGCACCCCGGAAAUUUCGUAGUGCCGGGGAGUCACUGUAAUCAUUAUUUGAAGUGGAGAGCGCCAGAUGUGGAGGAAGGAGAUAAGAGGGGGGAGAAGAUUAGAGAGGGGGUGUUGAUUGAGAUGUCGAGGGUUUUUAGGAUGGAGGUUUUGAAGCAGAUUGGGGAGAUGAGGGGGCCGGAGGUGUGGAAACCGGAUUCUUUAACGGAGAUUUCGGAGGUGAGAUGGGGGCGGAUGGAGGGUAGGGGGGAUUUUGUAGAGAAUGAGAUGGGUGGGGGGGGAGGGGAAGGUGAUGAUGUUGAGGAAGAUUGUAAAUCUUUGGUGGGUGAUGAUGUUCAGGAGGAAGAUUGUGAGUCUUUGGUAGGGGAAUAUGAUAAGGAAGAAGAAGAAGAAGAAGAAGAAGAAGAAGAAGAAGAAGAAGAAGAAGAAGAAGAAGAAGAAGAAGAAGAAGAAGAAGAAGAAGAGGAGGAGGAGGACGACGACGACGAACAAAUGAUAAAACCUCAUCAUGACAGAAAUGAAUAUUUUGAUCUAUCUCAAGCGAGUAGAGAGAAUAAGAAAGCUCCACAUCAGCAAGAUCAAGACAUGUCAGAAGCGGAUUAUAACAGUACAUCUGAAGAAGAGGAGGGAGGUGUAUCUCUGUACAUUUGAACUGAGAGAAGCAAGCUACAGUAAAUGCUCGAAUAGUAUAAUUUCAUAUGUUGAUACCUAAAAUAUCAAAUUUGACAUUUUACCUGAAUGUUCUUCUAGAAAUGACA